ACAUUGCGCUACUAACACGCAGGCACAAUAAGUCACAUAACAUUAAUCCCGGCAUCCUAAAGGCGUUUCUCAUUCAUGCAUUUAUUUAUUUUGUUAACAAAUCAGGACCGAUUUGGAGACAAAAGUAGUACUUAAAAAUACAGAAAAACCGGGCAAACCGGACAUCCCUAUUAGGUGAGACCCAUAGCUCCUUCUGCUGUAAAAGAUGGCUCAUCUCUCUGCGCUUUUCAAGUAUGUGGACGACCACCAGGAUGAUUAUGUGCAGCGCCUGGCAGAUUGGGUCGCCGUCCAGAGCGUGUCCGCUUGGCCGGAGAAACGCGGCGAGAUCAAGAAGAUGAUGCAGAUGGCGGCCAAGGAUAUUGAGCGACUGGGCGGCACAGUGGAGUUAGUGGACAUCGGCAAACAGAAGCUGCCCAGCGGUGAGGAUAUCCCUCUUCCCCCUAUCAUCCUGGGACACUUGGGCUCAGACCCGGGCAAGAAGACUGUGUGCAUCUACGGUCAUCUUGACGUCCAGCCCGCCAACAUAGACGACGGCUGGGAUACGGAACCUUUCACACUGGUGGAGAAAGAUGGAAAGAUGUAUGGGAGAGGCUCCACUGAUGACAAGGGUCCAGUGCUGGCUUGGUUUAACUGCAUUGAGGCCUACCAGAAAAUACAUCAGGAGCUUCCCAUCAACAUCAAAUUCUGCUUUGAGGGGAUGGAAGAGUCUGGAUCGGAAGGCCUGGACGAACUGGUCUUUGCCCGCAAAGACAGCUUCUUCAAGGACGUGGACUACGUCUGCAUCUCGGAUAACUACUGGCUGGGCAAGACCAAACCCUGCAUCACAUAUGGACUGCGAGGAAUCUGCUACUUCUUCAUCGAGGUGGACGGCUGCGAGAAGGACCUGCACUCGGGCGUGUUUGGCGGCUCCGUUCACGAGGCCAUGACAGAUCUCAUUGCACUUAUGGGCUCUUUGGUGGACAAGAGAGGCAAGAUCGUAAUUCCCGGCAUGUAUGACGACGUGGCCCCACUGACUGACGAAGAGAAGCAACUUUACGACAAGAUUGAGUUUGACUUGGACGAGUACUCUAAAGAUGUCGGCGUGGAACAGCUGCUGCACAGCACCAAGGAGGAAAUUCUUAUGCAUCGCUGGAGGUAUCCCUCUCUUUCUUUGCACGGUAUCGAGGGGGCUUUCUCUGGCGUGGGCGCAAAAACGGUUAUCCCACGAAAGGUCAACGGAAAAUUUUCCAUCCGCCUGGUGCCCGACAUGGACCCCAAAGUCGUGGAGAAGAAGGUGAUCGAUCAUCUGCAAGCCAAGUUUGCCCAACUGGACAGCCCCAACAAACUGAAAGUUUCCAUGGGCCACGGGGCUAAAGCCUGGGUGUCUGACUUCAACCACCCCCACUACAUGGCGGGUCGCAAGGCCAUGAAGACGGUCUUUGGCGUGGAACCGGACCUGACGCGUGAGGGCGGAAGCAUCCCCGUCACGCUGACUUUCCAGGAGGCCACAGGACGCAAUGUUAUGCUCCUUCCAGUCGGCUCCUCCGACGACGGUGCCCACUCCCAGAAUGAGAAGCUCAACAGAUUCAACUACAUUCAAGGGAUCAAGAUGCUUGGUGCUUACUUCCAUGAAGUGUCCCAGCUGCAAGACUAAAAAUCUAACGUCGUUCUUACCAUCAUAUGGACCGAUAUUCUUAAAGGUUCAAGCAUAUCACAUUGUCUACCCAUAAUAAAAUACUUUGUUACUGUAA